UGACGUCAGGUGGUGUUUCCUGUCUCUUCUGUUGACUUUCACUUUGCUUCCAUUCCCGAAUCGCUUUUUUCCCCCCAUCUGCUUGUUUGCUUGUUUUUUACCCGAGUGAAAAACACUUGCGCCCUCCAGCAUGUACCAGGUAAACCCGAUCUGCGGGGGGGACAUCAAGGUUGAUUUACCCACCUGCAUGUACAAGCUCGCAAAUAUCCACGCGCAGCCGGCGAACAGCUGCACCCACGAGCACGCGCUGCAGAAUGGCGAGGUGGACCCGUCCGUCAGAGCCCUGGAGGCACGUCAGGACGAGAUCAUGCGCAAAUUGUACGAACUGAAGGCGGCUGUGGAGGGCCUGGCCAAAACGGUGAACACGCCCGACGCCGACAUGGACCUGACGGUCAGCGGCAGCCUCUCGUCCCAGAGCUCCAGCUCCGCCGCCUUCCAGGGCGCGGCUGACCUGGACACACUACUAGGGAAGGACCUUGGUGCUCUCCGCGACAUCGUCAUCAACGCUAACCCAGCGCGGCCGCCCAUCACCCUCCUGGUUCUUCACAAGAUGCUGUGCCAGCGCUACCGGGUGCUGUCCACCGUCCAUGUCCACUCUUCGGUCAGCAGCGUGCCACCUCAGCUCCUCUCCUGCCUCGGCCCGCGCCAUCCCGACAGCUACGCCCGACAUCUCUUCCAGCUCGGCUUCACCCUCAUAUGGAAAGAUGUGCCCAAACUGCAGAUGAAGUUCAGCGUUCAGAACAUGUGCCCCGUGGAAGGUGAGGCCAACGCGGCACGCUUCCUCUUCAAGCUGCUGGCGCCGUACCCGUCCGAUGCUGCGUCGGCUACCCUGGUGGACAGCUGGGUGGACGCGGCGUUCUUCCAGCUGGCCGAGGGUGGCGCCAAGGAGCGGGCCGCCGUUCUGCGUGCUCUCAACACAGCCCUGGGCCGCGGGCCUUGGCUGGCUGGCCGGGACGUCUCCCUGGCCGACGUGGCGUGCUACUGCUGCCUGCUGCCGGCCGGCUCCGCCUCCUCGAUCCCCGCCAAUGUCCAACGCUGGCUGGAGUCCUGCGAGAACCUGGGCCACUUUGGCCCUGCCAAGGUGCUCCUACAGUGACCUCUGAGGGCAAAGUGAGAGGAAGACGGGCCGACCGUGGGGGGAACGCCUUUUCGCGGUUUCCGCACACGUGGGCUCGCUUUCUGCCUUUGUAGAAGUUUUGAAAAAGGGAGGAAGCACGAAAGGAGUGUGAGGACAACGGUGCGCUGACAUCUUUCACCCACUUUGUGCCUACCAAAAUAAAUGACACUUGGCAAAA